AACGCACAAAUCAAAACCCACCCGAAAAAAGCCAGCGAAUGAUAUCGCUUUCGAUUCCAGAGGCAUCUCUCUGGCGAUAUCCAUUCAUCUACCAUUCUACUCUCUCUCCAUUCUGAUAUCACCAACCAGUCAGCCAUGCCUCCACGUUCUUCUUCUUCCAGGAAGAAAUCAAACAGACAGCUCAGAAAAGCUAACAAGCACUUCACUUCACAACCCAACCACCAUUCUUCGUCUGCUCUUCAAUCCCAAGGCGAGGUUGAUCUGGGAAUCCUCAGGGACCGAAAUGGGCGAAAUAGGAAUUAUGCUCUGAGACCCAACAGUAAUAAGUGUCAGUUUUCGGUAGUUGAAGAGAAGAAGAACAAGGGGUUUUCUGUCACUGCAGGUCAUAACGAAAUGGAAGGAUCGGUGGAAGAGACCCAAAAAGUAGAAGAAUCUCACAGUGAAGAUAAGCAGGUGGUUGGUGUUGAUGAAGAAAACGUCAAAACAAUUGUUGAAUCUGCUGUUGCUGAAACCCAACAAGGUGAAGAAGAAGAAAAAGAAGUUUCAAACAGUGUGAAACAGAGCCAGGAGGAGGAGAGUAGUUCACUUGUUGAACCAGAGAAGACCAAAGAUGCUUCUGAUCUUAUUGUUGAAGAUAUAAAAGUACUAGAAGCAGAAUUGAAGCACAAGGCGAGUCAGGAGAAAGAAGCAGCUUUUCAAGAGACUCAGCUUCCUUCAGAGCCAGCUUUAGAGGCUGAAGCCUCAAGAGAAACUGAAGAAGCAGUUGAAGCAAAAACUGAAGCUGAUGAUGCAAAUAAAUCGGCUUCUUUCGAGGAGAAAAAGGAAUCAUCCUCGGUCGAAACAAACGAGGCAGCGUCGAAGAUCAGUGACUCUUCUGUGCCUGAAACUGAAACUGAUGUGAAACCAGAAGAAACUGGAGAAACAAAGUUACCAGCUGAAGAACAGAAAGUAGAGGAAUCAACAGUUGUCAAAGAAUCAUCAAAAGAAGAAGAAGAAGAAGAAGCUAAAGAAUCUUUGCCACCUUCAGAUGUAGCUACUGCUGAAACCACUAGUGCCACAACGCAGGAAAAGACUGAAAUGCCUACAAGCGCUGAAUCUCAGCAAAUCACUGAAACUCAGGCUCCACAAGAACACGCGUCUUGGUGGAGAAGCUGCUGUGGAAUUUUUGACAUUCUAAGCCGGUGAUAGAUCAGAUAAGCAGUGAGCAGAUCAUCUUCAAAAGAAGACACUGAGCAUGAUCCGUUGGAUGUAAUGUCAGACUUUUCAGGGGCAAAGCUUCUUUGCUCAUGGAUGGAUGAUUUCAGAGUCAGAUUGAGAGGCAUAUUUUUCCAGGUGUGAGAGUGAGUGUGUUUUACUUUGAGAAGGGAAUUAUAUUCAUUUCAUUUGAGUCGUAGUGUGAAUGUGUUGAACUGAGAAUUUCUUUACAUAAAUAUUUCUCUGCUGCUGCAUUUUUAUGUUAUGUAUCAUUCUUUAAUGUUUGUGUUGCAACUUGCAAUGGAUUGAAUUUGAUCGUGACUUUUUCUUCCUGACUUUAUGUAAUUUUUAUGUUAUGUAUCAUUCUUUAAUGUUUGUGUUGCAACUUGCAAUGGAUUGAAUUUGAUCGUGACUUUUUCUUCCUGACUUUAUGUAAUUUGGCUGUC